CCAGCACCAUCAUCUCCAAACAAAAGUCCAAAACAACCACCCCCGACAAAACCCCCCGAAAGCAACCCUCCCCCGAAGAAAUGGACACGCUCAAACUGAAGAAGGCCUGGGAACUCGCCAUCGCCCCCGCGAAACAACUCCCCAUGAACGCCAUCGGGAUGUACAUGACGGGCAAUUCGCUCCAAAUCUUCAGCAUCAUGAUGGUAUUCAUGCUUUUCAAGGGCCCCAUCGAAGCCGUGUUCCGAAUCAACAGUACCUUUUCGCGCCUGGAGACGGAGGGGAAUCGGCAGCAGAUGGUGUUGGUGAAGUUGGCGUUUGUGGGGUGUAAUUUGUUGGCGCUGGCGUUGGGGGUGUGGAAGGUGAAUGGGAUGGGGUUGUUGCCGACUACGCGCUCGGAUUGGCUUGCUUGGGAGACCGCGCGGGAGCCGUUGGAGAGGGCGUAUUACGUGCCAUCAUGAAAUCAUGAAAUCACUACCACGUGGGAAAUCAUUAAAUGAAUGACAAGAACGGCCCCACCUCUAUUGCGUUUCCGGUGCACGCUCAUAUCUUCUUCGGCUCUGCUCGACAUGACUCCCCAGUGCGCUUUCACAUGCUCCGGUCGGUAACGUGCCUCGUGUCCAAACGUCACUUUUCCGGGUAUUCGUGUAUAUAUACUCGGCGCCGCUGAGCAUGCCGUGAUAGGGUACUGGG